UGGGGGAAUAAAAUACCAGACAAGUACCGCAAUGUUAACUUUUGCUGUUGUAAACUCAAAGAAGACGAACCACAUCCAGCCAGAAUUUUCUCAAUCAACAUCUCCAUGAACAUUCGAAUCAAAUAAAUUCACAAUGAUGAUGCUCCUUGGAAUAACUUCAAUUUGUUGUAUUGCAAUUGCUGUUGUUGCAUUUUUAGCAAUAUCAUUUAUAUUGCUACUUCAAAUAUUUAUUUACAUGACGACAGGUGUUUGUAAGAGCCAAAAAAAGAUGAAUGGAAAAACAGUUAUAAUUACUGGAUGUACAUCCGGUAUUGGAAAAGAAACAGCAUUUGAUUUGGCAAAUAGAGGAGCUAGAUUAAUAAUGGCUUGUAGAAAUGUUGCAGCUGCUAAAAAUUUGAAAGAUCAAUUUGUAAAAGAAACUGGAAAUAAUAAUAUUAUUGUUAAAAAAUUGGAUCUAUCAUCAUUAAAAUCAGUUAGAGAAUUUGCUGAACAAAUAAAUCGUGAAGAAAAUCGUCUUGAUGUUCUAAUUCAUAACGCUGGUACUGCUGAGACAUUUAAAAAAAAAACAACAGAUGAUGGUCUUGAAAUGACAAUGGCUACAAAUCAAUAUGGACCAUUUCUUUUGACUCACUUACUAAUUGACUUGAUGAAACAAUCAGCACCAAGUAGAAUUGUCGUAGUUGCAUCAGAACUUUAUCGAUUAGCUUCAUUGAAUCUUGAUAAUUUAAAUCCAACAACAACAUUACCAGCUUAUUUAUAUUACGUUUCAAAAUAUGCAAAUAUUGUAUUUACCAUGGAAUUAGCUCGUCGUCUUAAAGGAACAGGUGUUACAGCAAAUUGUCUUCAUCCAGGUCUUAUUGACAGUGGAAUAUGGAGAAAUGUACCUGCUCCAUUAUCAUGGGGUUUACAAAUUAUUGUCAAAGGUUUUUUUAAAACACCAAAACAAGGUGCACAAACAACAAUUCAUCUUGCUGUUUCUGAUGAACUUGAUAAUGUAACUGGUAAAUAUUAUCUUGAUUGUCGUGAGUAUGGAUUAUCACAAUCCAUUAAAAAUCAUACUAAUGCUAAAAAGUUUUGGGAACUCAGUGAAAAUAUUGUUCAAUUAAAAUCAACUGAUCCAAAAAUUUAAAUAUUUUAUUUAUUUAGUAUUCAUAGUAUUCAGGGGUUUUUUAGUAUUCUCAAUUUUUAUUAUUAUUAAUUUUAUAUUUUUCUUUAAAAUAUUUGUGUUUUAAAUUUUUAUUUUUACAUGAGAUAAUAAUGUAAUAAAAUACAUCAAAACAGGGGUCAUUAAGUAUCUUGUUUACCAAGAAUUUAAAUGAGAUAAAAACGUCAUGAAUAAU